UCUUGCUGCCCCACCAUGCCGGUCACGCACACGCCAGCUCGUGAGAGCACGCCCACGCGGAACCGAUGGCAGGACAGGUCAUGAGGAAGCUGAGCGGAUGAAAUCAUGGAGCCUGCGCCGAGGUCGGACACGGUGCGCUCGCGACUUCAAGGUGAUGGAGAGGUGGCUCCCCGAAUCCAUGAUGUACUGCACUGUAGCUGAAACCACCAGACCUCUGGCCUUUUCAUCAAGACGCCCUCUACCCAACAGUCACUGCCAUCUACUUCUAAUAGGACUAAAUGAGACAGCCUCAAGUCCUAUAGAUCAACAAUGUACAGGUGAAAACUCAAAAGCCGAGAUGUGGCCUUUAUUCUAAACCUUGUUAUCCCUUCUGGUUCCAUAAAUGAAUAUAAUAAAAUACUCCCAACUUCAACGGUCUCAUCUCAAAGGUCCACUUUUGCCAUAUGAAAAAUGCCUUUAAACAUCAGAGCAAAGCCCGCGCAAAACAAGCUGCCGGCUGGCGCAAAGAGUAGCGGCCAUAGCGAUGGCGGCGGCACAGCCCAUUCACGCUUUUCCAGAUCCCCCAAGCAGGCGAAAGGCAAACAGGCUGUAAAUUCAUCACCAGGCUCCCGCUCGGGGCUAGAACCGGGCUCUGUGUCGGGGAGUGCUUCUGCACCAGCGUCUAAAUCGCCAGGGGGUCAAGGGUCGGUGUCAAGGCCAGGUUCAAAGGUCAAACCCAGCACAGCAGCAGACAAGGGAGCAGGUCGGGGUUCAGCGACGGCUCCGAGGGGUAAAACCCUGUCCAUGGAGAACAUCCAGUCUUUGAGUGCUGCCUAUGCAACUUCCGGCACCAUGUACCCGUGUGAGCGAGACUCCUUGGAACCCUCGGGCGGGUAUCCCAAAGGCACCAUGACGUUGGGCAGGAGCACCAGCCGCUCCUCCAACAGUAACCGAUCAACAGCUAUGGGCAGCAACCCAAACAUCCCCUCGUCUGGCCUACACCCCCCUUCGGACGCCCACGGAGACCAGACUUCGCACCCUCCAAGCACAACGAGUCUGCGGCGCCAGUCUGGGAGACAUCCUCAGGCCCCCGACUGGGCUGGACGGGGAGAAGUUCCCUCGUUUGAUCUCCAGUCUCAGCUGAGGGAGCUGCAGAGGGAGAACGAUAACCUGAGGAGAGAGCUGGAUGUGGGGAGGGAUGGAAGGACGGGUCCCAGCAUGAACCAUGUCAACUUCUGGAGCCCAGACGUGAAAAGAGACAAGGGGGUUAGGCGGGAGGAGGCGGGGAGGACCUCGGUUUUGAGGGACCAGUACAGGACUAACCAAGACGAUAUGCAGCCUGGGGAAAUAAGAAGAAACAAGCAGCUACCGCUGACAGUUCAGGAGCUUCAGGAAGAGCUGAAGGCUCACAGGGACAUGAACAGUCGCUUGCAGCAACAGCGACAGCAGGGGAAUUCGGGCUCCUAUCGAGAACUCCAUACAGACCAGGACCACAGAGGGGGGCUCAGCCCCGGCCCCAGCCCCAGACAAAGCCCCAGUAACCUACACAGUCCCGGGCCGAAGAAUAGCGCAAGAGCCAGUCCGUCCAACACCUACAAUCCCAGGCAACAGGAAGCUGAUGUCAUCAUUCAUAGCCCCGGUUACGGCUGUAACGCUGCAGUGGCAACUCAGAGAAUCAGCCCUGCCAACACCCUUCAGCCUGGGCCGAGGAACAACUCCGAUCAGCCCUUCUACAGUCCUAGCCAAGGUCCCGUGGUAGCGGCCGGCUCUAGUUCAUUCCGGGCCGGCAGCCCUUGCCAGGUGCCCGGCUGUGACGGCUUCUCCUCACCACCUCCUAAUGAUCCAUCAGAGGAGAAUUUCUACCGGCUGCAGUCGGAGCGCGAGCGGCAGAUCAAGGAGCUGUUCCUGCUGAGGAAGACCGUGGAAGAGAUGGAGAUGAGAAUGGACUCUCAGAAACAGACCCUGGGCGCCCGGGAUGAGAGCAUCCAGAGGCUACUGGAGAUGCUCCAGGGCCAAGGGCACGGUCAAGGUCAGGGACAGGGACAGGGGCACUGGGGUCGGGGACAGCGAUCAGGCAUCAUAACGAUGGCGGCGCAGGAGGCCGAAGCACAGCUUGAGAACAUGCACGUGAGAGAGGACACCAAGAUAUCUUCCCUGGAGAGGAACAUCAGAGACUUGGAAGAUGAGGUCCAGAUGUUAAAGACCAGCGGCCUGCUGCACCCUUAUGACAGGCAGGAUGAGCUGAAGCAGGUGGAGGUCUACAAGAGCCAUUCUAAGUUCAUGAAAACAAAGAUUGAACAGCUGAAGCAGGAGCUCAACAGGAAGGAGUCAGAGAUGCAGGCCCUUCAGACCAAACUAGAAACUCUGACCAAUCAGAACUCCGACUGCAAGCAGCACAUCGAGGUGCUAAAGGAGUCGCUCAGCGCCAAGGAGCAACGGGCCAAUACGCUGCAGACAGAGGUAGAUGCUCUGCGAGUGCGUCUGGAGGAGAAGGAGCAGUUACUGACCAAGAAGACCAAGCAGCUGCAGGACCUGACCGAUGAAAAGAGCACUUUAACUGGAGAGAUCAGAGACAUGAAGGACAUGCUGGACGUCAAGGAGAGGAAGGUUAAUGUGCUGCAGAAGAAGAUUGAGAACCUGUUGGAGCAGCUAAAGGAUAAGGACAAACAGCUGGCUGGCUUGAGGGAAAGGGUCCAGGGCCUUCAGACUGACUCCAGCAACACAGACACAGCGCUGACCACACUGGAGGAAGCUCUGUCAGAAAAGGAGCGAGUAAUCGAAGGUCUGCGUGAGCAGAAGGAUCGGGAUGACAGGGUUCGGCUGGAGGAGCUGGAACAGAUGAGGAAGGAGAACCAGCUAUUAAAGGAAACACUUUCAGCCCUGCAGCCCCACAAACUGCCCCAGAGUCAGCCUGCUAACUCCGUCCUGACCCCGAACCAGAGGCCCGACGGAGCGGUCAGUAUGCAUUGUUUCGAUGAAGUCAUGAUACUUUAG